AUUUCAUAAACCUAAACACAGUCCUUAUCAAGAAGGUGUAUGGAAGAUAAGAGUGGAGCUACCCGAUGCUUAUCCUUAUAAGUCUCCUUUUAUUGGUUUUGUCAACUACAUUUACCAUCCUAAUGUCGAUGCAAUGGAGUUCAAAGAAGGGGAAAUGAUAUGAAGCGUUGAAAUUCAACAGCAGCACAUGUUAGUACCAUCAUUGCCACACUCAAUUAUCGAUAAUUUUCAGGCUUCAACUUCGAUCUUGUGAUUUUAUUGUACUUAUCUCUUCACACUGCCAUGCAACCCUUCAUUUCCUUGUUGUAACCGCCAUUUUGUGAUGUAUUCGUUACCGGCUAGAGCUUUUGUUCAUUAGGUAAAUCUGCUAAUAAAAAUACCAGAUGGUUGCAAUCCUUCACACCCUUUUAUCGAUUUUGUGUACACUUAUUACAUUACUCAUUCAUCAGUAUAUGUAAAUGUUACAUCUUGAUCAGCUUUCACUGUAAGUUGUUGUUCUUGUUCUGUGAUUGUACCAUCAAUAUAUACAAAAGAGCAAGCUCGUUUUUUUUUUUUUGCCUCCUUUAUUUUUGUGAUCAAACUCAACAUAUCUAGUAUAGAAGUAGAGAGUCAAAAGUUCAUGGAAAAUGGGUCUUUCCUUGAUUGCCUCAAAGCUGAAACUUUUUCUGAGUUUCAUGGAAACAGUGGUUGUCUUGUUGAGGAUCGUUUUGAUAGUGCUGAUCAUGUCAAAGGUAAACAAAAAUCUUUGUUUUCUCAAUUUUUUGGGGUUUACCUAAAGGAGAAUUGUAGUAAGGGCAAUGUGAGGCCUGUGCCAGUGAUGCUUGGUGAUGGUCAAUUGCUUGAUUUAUAUCAAUUAUUCUCCCUUGUGAAGGAAAAAGGUGGGUAUGAUGCGAUAUCGAGAAAAGGGUUGUGGGAUUCCGUGAUAGAUGAACUGGGUUUGGACCUUCGUAUUUUGGCUUCGGUGAAAUUAGUAUAUGAAAAAUAUCUGAGUGAUUUCGAAGGUUGGCUUAGAAAAACUUUUGAAGAGAAGAGUUGCAAAGAUGGGAGUCAUGGGUAUUUGAAUUCAUUUCCGAUAGAUCUAGAAGAAGAGUUUCGAAGCCUUUUAUGCUCAAAUCUAAAGGACAAAGAUGAUGAUUUUGUCCCGUUAGAAUCGAAUAACAUCAUAAAGCGCAUUGAUUUUGUUAACAACAAGAGUGAUGGUUAUUUAUUGGACACUAAUUACCAAAAUAACAAAUGCAAAGCUGUUCACAAUGUUAACAGUGAUGGUAAUGCGGAUGAUGAUGAAAAAUUCGGUACUGGUGUUAAGAAUGAGCUAACCACCUCUUGUGCGGGAACUUCUGAGAAGGAGUUUUAUUCUCGCAAACGUAAACGGGAAUCGUUAUCAGGAAUGGUAAACUGGACAAGGAAUAUCGCAAAACAUCUGUUUGAUCCUCUAGCUCAACCAUUACCAGAAAUAUCAAAGUGGAAGGACUAUAAAGGAAGCCAUGACUUUUUUUUUCAGAUGCUGAGGGCAAGAGACGUUCUGUCGGUCAGAAAGCAUGCAGAACCAAACAGUGGAUCUUCAUCGAAGAAGGUGAAGAUGCAUCCUGCCAUGUAUGAGGAUCCUGUUUCUCUUGGUCACCAAGGUAUGGUGAAUUUGAGACGUAGUGAAAGGCUUCCUAUCUGUGUUAAAUUGCAUGGUCCAGUCAAGAUGAAAUCAGAAAAGUGUCCUCUGGAAAAAACAACUGGCAAACCAGAUGUCGUGAUCAAAAAGAAAAAAUCUGAGCCAUCUACGGAUGAUUUUCGUGAAAAGGUUGUUUCUGUAGGCCACCUUUUUCAAGUGGAAGUUCCGGAAUGGACUGGUGUAGUUUCUGAGAGUGACUCUAAAUGGUUAGGCACACAAGUAUGGCCUGUUAAAGAUGGUUCAAAUUCUACUACCGAAACAGAUCUUGUUGGGAGAGGAAGACAAGGAAAGUGUAACUGCAACGUUCAAGGUUCUGUUGACUGUGUCAGAUUCCAUAUUGCUGAUAACAGGAUGAAGCUGAAGCUUGAAUUGCGUUGUGUGUUUUAUCAUUGGGGAUUUGAUAAAAUGGGCGAGGAAGUUUCACUUCGAUGGACAGCUGAUGAAGAAAAGAGAUUUAAGGAUGCAAUAGGUUUAAAAAUCCCCUCUCAAAACAAGUCUUUUUGGAACAAUCCAUCCAGAUGCUUUCGAAGGAAGACAAGAAAAGACUUGGUGAGCUAUUACUUCAAUGUAUAUUUUAUUCAACUAAGAAGCUAUCAGAAUCGAGUGACUCCGAAUGCUGUUGACAGUGAUGAUGACGAAGUGGAAUUUGGAUCUUUUGAUGAUGGUUUCGGAAGGAAAGCUAUCAAGCAUCCAUCUAUGGAAUUCAUGGAGUGUACAGAGAACAAGCAAUGCUUUGAUUUUGAGUAGACAAAACUGUCUAGUGUGCCGUUUUGAGGUUGAAAAAAUAACUUCUUGGAUCAGACUUGUAUACAACUCUCUUUCUGCUUUCUGCUUUAUCAGGAAUGCAUUUAGUGCUGCAAAACUUUUUUUCUUCCCCUUCUGGACAGCGUUUGUGUUUGUGGCAGGUAUUUGACUUUGGAAUAGAACCCAAUUUAUUCUUUUCAUGAGGUUUUUUCUACUAGAAAAAAUAAAUAAAAAAAAUUGACGAGGCUUGAGUAAUGAAAUGAACCAUGUGGAACUCUUACGACA